UGAAGCAUCAAUCUAUCAAAUUUCAAGUGUAGCAUAGCAGCACUGAUCGUGAAAAUGGAACGAGGGAGGAGGGUGCGGUGGAUUCAGAUCCAUUCACUGUUACUCUUAACCUCUCUCACGGUGGCCGCCGCCGCCAGCGUCACCGGAGAAGAAGCGAAACAGCUGAGAGACGAGGUCCGUGAAAUGUUCUAUCACGCUUUCAAUGGAUACAUGGACCACGCUUUCCCACUCGAUGAAUUGAAACCUCUUUCAUGCAAAGGAGAAGACACCAUUGGUGGUUAUGCCUUAACCUUGAUUGACUCGUUGGACACUUUGGCUUUGCUUGGUGAUCGUCAACGCUUUGCAGCUUCUGUUGAAUGGAUUGGUAAAAACCUUCGCUUUGAUAUAAAUAAGACGGUUUCUGUGUUUGAGACCACUAUUAGAGUCCUUGGAGGAUUGAUUUCAGCUCAUCUUAUUGCCUCUGAUUACGCUACGGGUAUGAGAGUCCCAUUGUAUGAUAAUCAGUUACUGAACUUAGCAGAAGAUCUUGCGAGGAGGUUGUUACCUGCAUUUGAUACUCCUACAGGAAUUCCAUUUGGGUCUGUAAAUUUGUUGUACGGAGUUGAUAAACAUGAAAGCAAGAUAACUUCAACAGCUGGUGGUGGGACAUUGACUCUUGAAUUUGGAGUUCUAAGCCGUUUGACAAGUGAUCCUAUUUUUGAACAAGUCACCAAGAAUGCAGUGCAUGGACUUUGGGCACGUCGUUCAAAGCUUAAUUUGGUUGGUGCUCAUAUUAAUGUUUUUACAGGUGAAUGGACACAAAAGGAUGCUGGGAUAGGAACUAGCAUUGACUCUUUUUAUGAGUAUCUUUUGAAGGCUUAUUUACUGUUUGGGGAUGAGGAGUACUUGUAUAUGUUCCAAGAAGCUUAUGCUGCUGCCAUGCAUUAUCUUUACCAUGACCCUUGGUAUGUAGAAGUUAAUAUGGAUUCUGCUGCUAUUGUCUGGCCAUUAUUUAAUAGUCUCCAGGCAUUUUGGCCUGGUCUUCAGGUUUUAGCUGGAGAUAUCAAUCCUGCCAUUCGUACUCAUGCUGCCUUCUUCAGUGUUUGGAGAAGAUAUGGUUUUACCCCUGAGGGCUUUAAUCUUGCUAGUCUCAGUGUUCAGCACGGACAAAAAAGUUACCCACUGCGGCCUGAGUUAAUAGAGAGCACCUAUUGGCUAUAUAAAGCUACCAGAGAUCCUAGAUAUCUUGAUGCUGGGAGGGACAUGGUUGCUAGUUUACAGUAUGGGACUCGAUGCACUUGUGGCUAUUGUCACAUUUCAGAUGUUGAGAAUCACCAACAAGAAGAUCACAUGGAGAGCUUCUUCUUAGCUGAGACAGUCAAGUAUCUGUGGCUUCUGUUUGAUUUGGCCGUGGGUCCUGAUAACCUUGUGGAAAGUGGGCCAUACAAGUACAUAUUCAGCACUGAAGGUCAUUUACUGCCUGCUACUCCUCAAAUCUCCCUUGUGAAGGAACAUUGUUUAUACCAUGGGUCUUAUUGUAGAAGUGGUGAUUUAAGGCAAACUUAUUUUGUGUCGAAUGUUGACAAUGAUAAGCAAGAAUCGAACGAUAGUAGAUUCUAUAGGAGCUGGACUAAAGCUGCAUAUUCAUCAGAUGAUACUACUUUUGAACCUACGACUGUUUCAGGUUUUAUUAAGGGUUUCUGCCCUGCACUAGAUCAUGGACAGAAGUUUGGUAUAUUAUACGUGCAUUCAACUGAUGACUAUCGUGAUUAUGAAACCACCCAGCAGAAAGAAUCAACUACUGUACAAAGCCAUUCAGUAAUGGUCAUUCCUUCCCAGAGUUCUGAAGUUCUGAAUAGUGAUCGUAUUCAUAAUGAUAGUCAGACCCAUGAAUCGGAUGAUACUUCUUCAAAGUGAGACUUCUGCUGCUAAUAGUAACCAAGGUGCUGACCCAACAUAGGAAUGAUUAGAUCUCAGAUACACACAUGAGGAUUGGUGGGAAGGAUAUAGUUUUUCAACUUUUCUGGGGUGUACUUCUCAAACUUCUUCAGGCUCUCCAGCUGAAAUAUAAAUCUGAGAAUUGUUUAUUUGUUCAUAUUGAGGAAGCACAAUUUUGAUGAUUUUAGCAACUAUUGAUACUAUGUAUGGAGCUGAAGAGUUGAGUUUUGGAUGAGCUGCCCUGUUAGAUGUACUAUUAUUGUGCUGCCAAGGGUGGCAGUAUCCUCUUGCCUAAUCAUAAUUAGGCUUGUGUAAAAGAGUGUAAUGUAGUUCCUUUUGUUGUAUCAUGGUUACCUGUGACUCUUGUAACUUUGUCAUGGAGGUCUCAUCACUGUACAUGUGAAUAGGUAUUGGUCGAUCAUUGACAUCAGACCUCAUUAACUUUGGUAAUCCUUUUUGCUUGAUUA